CACAACUCUCCUCUUCCCCUAUUACUCCCAACAAAUUCCAUUAUCUCUUCCAAGCUUAAAGGAGCUCCAUCUUGUUCCCAAUGGCUUCAUGCUUAACCAAGUUCGAGCAAAUCUUCAACCGUUUCGAUGCCAACGGCGAUGGCAAGCUCUCGCCGUCAGAGCUCCGAAGCCUACUGAGGAGCAUAAGCCAGGAAUUGAGUCCUGAGGAAGCUGAGGCUGUGGUUGAGUCUACUGAUUUAAAUGGUGAUGGGUUAUUGGAUAUCAAUGAAUUCGCUAAAUUUGUGGGCGACAGAAGAGAGACAGAGGGAGAAGAGAUGGAGUUGAGGGAGGCGUUUGAGAUGUAUGUGAUGAAGGAUGAGGGAUACAUCACUGCAAAUAGUUUGAAGAGGAUGUUAAGUAGGUUGGGGACACCAAGGGCAAUAGAGGAGUGUAUGGGUAUGAUUUGUAGGUUUGAUGGUAAUGGUGAUGGUGUUCUUAGCUUUGAUGAGUUUAAGGCUAUGAUGAUUUGAAUUACUAAUUAAGGUUUCAAAAGGCCAAGUGUAUAUGUAUUCCAAGUUGUUUGCUUCUUAUGUCAAGAAAGUAUUUUGAAUUGUUUGUAAAAUUGCUUUUAUUUGCUGUAAGAAGUCUUUUAUUUGA